UUCGCUGGCCCUAUUGCCCGUCGUUGUAGUAAAACCCUAAACCUCGCAGUCGCCGCCGCCCAAGCAGCCAUGGCGGCGUCGCCCGACCCUCCGGGCCCCGCCACCUUCCUCCGCGAGGUCGAGCUCCGCCUCCUCCGCUGCACGCUCCCUUCCCUGGCCGCGCCCCCGGCACCCUCGCCUCCCCCUGUCCACCCGCUCGGCCCGGUCGCGGCCUCCGCCGUCGCCGCCGUCGAAGCGGGCGAGUACGCGGCCGCCCUAGCCUCCGCCGCCCCGCACCUCCUCCCGCCCGCCGCCUCCGCCUCCGCGCCCGAGUCCGCGGCGCAGUUCUACGGCGACCUCGCCACCGCCGUCGAGGCGUUCCUGCGCGGGGACGGCGGGGCGGCGGGCGAUGAGUUCGAGUGCAGGUGCGCCGUCGUGCUCUCUGCCGCGGUGGCUGCGCUGCUCUCGUUCACGCAGCAGAACGUGACAGGGCCCCAAGGUAAGUAUUCCCCUUUCCCCUUCUGGACUUCAUCUUUGGAUGAAGGAUGUUAUAGGAAUCUUGAAGGUGAAUGGGAUGCAUGGGCUUCUGCUCGCAUAGCUUCUACUGGUUCCCAUGUUCAUGGGAAAUUCUCACUUAUGCAGUUUAUUGUCUUUGCAGAACAAAUGUUAACUUGUAUAAAGAGUCUGGACACCACAGAUUGUUGUAGUGUCUCAUGGUGGUUGUGUAGACUAUCUAUGGUCCAGCAGAACAUUGUCGAUGAGUUAUCAUCCACUUUGUUUGAUCAAGUACAAGAGUACAAGAAUAAGACGUUGGCCCACUUUGGUGAACUUGAAAAUGUUUUUAGCUACUGGGGUCCUUUGUUAUGUGAUGGAGAAGGCUCAUACUUUGUCUCGGCUGCUUUCUUAGAAGCUGGAAUUGCGGAAUAUAAAUAUGGCAGAAUUGAUCAAUCAAGGCUGCAUCUGGAUAGUGCUCAAGAAGCAUGUGGGCUGCAUCUCUCUCUCACAGGGAUUCUUGGCUUUCGAACAAUACAUCAGGUGAACGCAAAGUCCCAAAUGGUACUUGUUGCAAAUAGCAGUGAACCAGCAGCUGGCGAGGGACACGCAACAAAACUCACAGGAACUCAGGAUGAUGCCGCUGCUUUGAAAAAUGCAAGGAGUUCUGUUCCUGGUGAAAGUGAUGAAUUCUGUGACAUACUAAGAAUGCCAAGACUGGUAGAAAAUGAAAGUGAUUCAGGCAAUGAAAGCACAAAAGAUUCAGGCAAGAAGGCUGUACUGACAGCUAUGCAGCAAGCUGCUGUCCUUGCAGAAUGUUUACAUGUUAGCCGAAGGAGUCGGCAUGAUGAGAUGUCUGGGUGGGAGAUGGCACCAUACAUAGAGUCAAUUGAUUCUCAGGAGGAGUCCUACUUUGUGGUCAGGAGUUUGUGUGAUAUUCUGCGUAUUAGAUGGGAGUCCACCCGCAGUCGGACUAAGCAGAGGGCACUAUUAAUGAUGGAAAAUCUGGUUGAAAAUAUUGGCAAUGAUUUCCCUGUGGCUGCACAGAGAGCCAAACUGGUUUUCGGAAUUCAGAUGGCAACUCUCCCUGCAUUAAGAAAAGAAUAUGGUGAGCUUUUGAUAAGUUGUGGUAUAGUUGGAGAAGCACUGGAUAUUUUUAAAGAUCUUGAAUUGUGGGAUAAUUUAAUCUACUGCUAUAGAUUAUUAGGUAAAGUUGCUGAUGCCACUAGUAUAAUAAAUGCUCGAAUAUCGGUUACACCCCAUGACCCAAGAUUAUGGUGUUCACUUGGUGAUGUUACUAAUAAUGAUGAUUAUUACAAGAAAGCAUUGGAAGUAUCAAAUAACAAAUCUGCUCGAGCUCUGCGUUCACUGGCUCGCAGUGCAUACAACAGGAAUGACUUCCAUGCAUCCAAAAUACUCUGGGAAUCCGCAUUGGCAUUGAAUACUUUGUUUCCAGAUGGCUGGUUUGCAUAUGGAACAGUGGCAUGGAAGGAUAAAGAUCUUCAGAAAGCUGUGGAUGCUUUUAGUCGCUCUGUGCAGAUAGAUCCUGAAAAUGGAGAAGCAUGGAACAACAUAGCCUGCCUGCACAUGAUUAGAGGAAAGAGCCAAGCAGCAGUUCAAGCAUUCAAGGAAGCUGUAAAGUUCAAGAGGAAUAGCUGGGAAGUUUGGGAUAAUUACAGCAAGGUUCUUUUGGAUACAGGGAAUACUCGACAGACACUAGAGGCUGUCAAAAUAGUACUAAACUUGUCGUCGAACAAACGCUUCAACACUGAUUUGUUGGAAAAAGUGAUGACCAUGCUUGAAGAACAACCUACACAUCUCUGUGAUACUCAAGAAACUGAAUCUAUCAGCAGCAGUUCAGGUGAUGCAAAUCAAGAGACCAGGAAGUCCAACCAGUUGUUAGAUAUAAUUGGUGAUAUCCUUCAGCAGAUUGUACAAAGUGGGGGUAGCAAUUCGGAGAUAUGGGGUUUGUAUGCAAGGUGGCAUAAAACUAAGGGUAACCUCAUUGCAUGUUCGGAAGCUCUGUUGAAGCAAGUGCGAUCUCUCCAGGGUUCUGGACUAUGGCAUGACCAGAUGAAGUUCACUAAGUAUGCUCAAGCUUCUCUGCAGCUUUGCAAGGUGUACAUGGAAAUUUCUUCUUCAACUGGAAGCCGACGAGAGUUAUUUUCAGCUGAGAUGCACCUUAAAAGCUCCUUAAAACAGGCGGCAGACUUCUUACAUACCCCCGAGUAUAAAGCUCUCGAUGACUGCCUUGCAGAAAUAAAAAACCUUAUUGGCUCUACCUAGAGUUACUGAGAUCUCAUUGUGAAUCAUGAUCAACUGUUCAGAACAUCCCCGAGUUUCCCAUUGAACAAGUGACGACAAGCGUCAUCACAGGAAGAUACAUCUCUUAACAAAUGCAACUUUAAAGUUCCAACUCCUGCGUCAGGAGUCAUCGGGGAAGACUACUCUCUGUUGUAAACUUAGUAUGUAACUUUAUCGGCAUAUGUGGUUAUAUGAGGAAGGUCUGCGCAAUUUUCUUAUAGCUAAAAACGUGCUACAAAAGCUAGUUGCAACACAGAGUCAAAGAAACUGUGAAAGAGAUCUCAUAAUUUAUAGUAUGUCUACAACUAAUUAUUUUAUGGAUGGACUAUAUAUCAGUUGUAGAUGAUGUGCCAAUUUUCAUAGGUAAUGGUUAUAUCUUAUUGCUACUUUUUCUCUA